AGCUGCAGUUCCAUCGUUGUACUCAGCACCACCACCACCAUACACAUCAACGACUUGUAGAGUAUUGCGGUACAAUGGCAGGGAGGCGCAAUAUUCACAGCGCAGGGGCGGAACUGUGCAGUCGAGUUUGGUCGGUGGGUGCGAGUGGCAGUGGCAGUGGCAGUGGCAGUGGCAGUGGCACCACGGCAUCACCUCAUCGCACCGCCGCCGCGCAUCGUCAUCUCUCCUACUACCCACCCCCCGAGCCCUUUUCCACGCCCAGCACCACCUCCUCAUCCUCCUCCUCCACCAGCAGCAGCACCCCCAACGCCAAUUUCAGCAAUUCGAGCGCAUUUCCCGCUCCGCCCAUCUCUACGCUCUCGACCUUUGGAGCAGAUUCGCACCUGCUAGACCGCUACCUCUCCCACUCUCCCACCUCUCUCACCCUGCGCUCUCUCCUCUCCCUCGGCGGUUCUCCCGGCUCGCGUCCCUCCUCCACCCAUCUCCUCUCCAGCGCCCGCUUCACCGCGACCGAAUUGCCCCUGCGCCUCGCUCGUCGAGUAUUGGCUUUUCGCAACCUUCCCUUCAUCGUCGGUUCCAAUCCUCACAUUCAAAAAGUGGCCAGACUCUACGCUGCUAGUUUUAUGAAGAUUGCCAGUCUGAGGACCGUCAUGGAUGCCGAUGCCAACGAAGAUUUCACGCGCGAGCUGGAGAGAAUGGUGGAGGAUCAUCGGGAGAAUAUUCCUACGCUUGCAAGGGGCUUCUUGGAGAGCAAGCGGUACAUGUCUGCCUCUGCCAUUUCCGCAUUCCUGGAUGGGGCGAUUCACAGUCGAAUAGGCAUUCGUCUGAUCGCCGAACAACACCUCGCACUGACCUCUUCGCACACGCAGGGAGCUGCGAGCGCUACAUCCGUAGGCAUCAUCGACACUUCGCUCAACGCUGCCGAUCUCAUACAAGGAUGUGCGGAUUUCGUGCACGCGCUUUGCGAGACGAGUCUAGGCUGCGCGCCAGAACUCAAAUUGGAGGGGGAUUUGGGCAGCACGUUUUGCGGCGUUGCUAGUCAUCUGACGUACACGAUGACGGAGCUGCUGAAGAAUUCCUACAGAGCUACGGCGGAGAGGUACAUCCGAAGAGGCGGAGAAGCGGCACUGGGCCCCAUGCCUAGCGUCAAGAUCACCGUCGCUCGAAGUCGCAAGCACCUGACCAUGCGCAUCAGGGACGAGGGCGGCGGUGUUCCUCCCGCGCACUUUUCCAAGAUUUUCGAAUACACCUUUACGACUGCCUCUUCGCCUUCGGAAGAGGAGCAGGAAAUGUCCGCAUUGGCAGACGGUGGUGGGAUGGCGCACCCUUCGGAGCUGCAAAAUACCAGCGCGGUGGGUGUGGACGUGCUGAGCCAGAUGGGCGCAGCGGGAGCGGGCGUAGGAGGAGGGAUGGGCACGUUGGCGGGUUUGGGCUACGGCUUGCCCAUGAGUCGCAUUUAUGCCCAGCAUGGAAGAGGUAGCUUGGACCUCGUCAGCAUGUACGGUUAUGGAUGCGACACGUUUAUGAAGAUCAGAGCUAAUCCUCUGGACGAGAGGUGACGAGGAGGAGUUGGAGGGGGGGGGGUCCCACAAUUCCUACAGGCAUUCGCACGAUCAGG